AUGGAAGAAAAAUCAAUUUGGCCAAGGUGAACGUUUUGAAUUCCUAUUGGACUAAUAAUGACUUGUCUGAUUUUAUUUAUCAUUAAUAUUUCAAGCACUAAUUGGGUUGGGCUUGCUUAUGGAGAAAAUACUAUUGAAUUAGGCUUGAUUAAAUGUAAAGACUGCCCCGAAGCUUAUGAAUCAUGAGGGAUGGAAUGUUUUGCGAAAUUUGCCUGCCAAGCUGAAAAUUCGAUAGGGUUUUGCAAGUCAUUUGAUGAUAUUUAUAAAGCUUCUUCAGGGUUCAUUAGCUUACUCCCCUCCCUUUAAAUUGGAACAAAAUAUAGGUAAAAUUUCCACUUUUUUGGUAAAUUAGCCCCCUUUAAAUUGGAACAAAAUUUAAUUUUAUAAUAAAAAAAAUUAUAUAUAUAAUUUUUAUCUAAAAAGUUUUGAUAUAAGUUCAAUGUUUCUUCUUAACUAAAAUUAAAAAUUUAGUCAUAUAUUGCUCUUGUUUAAAGAUGAAAGUAUAAAGAGAAUCUUAUUUAAAUAAAUUUAUUAUCCUUAAUUGUUAAAUUUUAAAAAAAAAUUUAAUUUUUUUUUUUUAAAAAUUUUCAAAAAAAUUUUUGAUAAAAAUAAUAUUUUUUAUUUUUAAAUAGUUUUGAUAUAAAUUCAAUAGGAAUUCUUUAUAAAAUUUCAAAAUUUACUUAUUUCUUGCUUUAUUUUAAAGAAUAGAGUAUAAAUAACAUCUUAUUUAAACAAAAUUAGCACUUUGAUGAUAAAUUUUCUAAAUUUUUUUUUUUUAAUUUUUUUUUUAUCAAUAAAAAUAAUAAUUUUUGUGCAAAUAAUUUUGAUGCCAAUUAAUAGUGGCGUAUUAACUAAUAAUGAAAUUUUAGUUAUAUCUUUCUUUAUUUCAAAGGAUAAAGAGUAAAUAGCAUUUUAUUAAACAAAUUUAUUAAUCUAACGCAAUAAGUUUUUGAAUUUUUUUUUUAAAUUUUUUAUAUAUAAAUUUUUUUUUAUAAAAAAUUUUAUACUGAUAUUUUUUUUAAAAAAAAAAUUAUCCCCCCUUUAAAUUGGAACAAAAUUUUUAGUUCCAAUUUAAAGGGGGGGAGUUAGAAAUUUUAUCCGGGGUAAUGGGAAUGAUUUUACUUGAAAAAUUGAUAAUGCUUUUAGCAGGGAAAUAUUUUGGUUCUGAAGCUUAUUUAACAAUGAUUGGUGCUUUGAUGCUGUUUUUCCACACUUUAGGAGUUUCGCUAUGAUUUUAUUUAAGCGAAGCAAGUUAUGAUAUAAGAUGCAGCGAAGUAUCAGAAAAUCCUCUUGGAACGAGUGUGUGUGCCCGAAGUGGCCCAAAACUUGCGAUUUUUGAGAGUUUUUUUAUUUUACUCGCUUUGUUUUCAAUUUAUUUAACUUACUAUCAUAGAGAUGAUGACUUAUAUCAAUACUCAGAUUUAACGCAACAUCGAAUUAUUUUUGGAUUGAAAGAAUUUUAUUGGUAUUUAAUAGUGCUUUUCAUAAUGAUAGCAAAUGCGGUUUUAAUUUUAUUUUCAUUUUUAAACGAUAAAUGAACCAUUCGAGCAGCAGUCAAUAAAAGCUGAAUUGGAUCAAUCACACAUUGCAAUAAAUGUAACGACAACUUCAAUGACUUGCCUUGAGGAUGCCUGGCAAGCUAUGAGUGCUUAAUAGACAAAGAUCUAGGAACCUGCAAAAUGUAUAGCUCAUUGUAUGCGGCUUCGAAUGCUUAUAUCAUUUUUCAGUCACUAGCUUUGGCGGUAUCAUUUUUAUUUGGAUAUUCAUUACUGAUGAUAAUUUUUGGGAAGAAUUAUGGGUUUCCUUAUGCAAAUUAUGUAAAUAAUAUUUAGGCUUAUGCUGCAAUAAUUCCUAUACUUAAUGUUAUAGCAACAAUUUCGUGAUUCGGAGAAUCAGGUGCUUGGUUUAGCAAUGAGUGUGAUAAAGCUGCUGCAAGCUUUUCUACAACUCCAGAAAUCUGCAGUGCAACUGGCCCUCUAUUGGCCCUUAUUUCGAUUCCUAGUUCGAUUGCAAUGAUGAUAAUCUUUAUUUUGACGUAUAAAAAAAGAGCUUCAUCAUUAGAUUCUUUUAGCAUGAGAGAAUUGACAUAA